UCAGAAUCUUCAUAGAUGAAACAGCAGAGAUGAAAUUAUUUGUUAGUGUUUUCUUCCUGCUGGCCAGCUGUGAGCUGUCUGUAGGUAUAAUAAUGGAAUAUAGUUACCAUGAAAUGAAUGUCAACUGGUAUCAGGCUCAAAGUUAUUGCAGAGUCCACUACAAAGAUCUGGUUACUAUCAAUGCUGUUGAGAAAUACCAGGAUAUUAAAGAUGUGGAAAACCAACAAUUACCAGGCUGGAUUGGACUGUACAGACAGAAUGUAUCAAACAACAUCUGGAAGUGGUCUGAUGGACAACCGCUUUCUUGGUUAAACUGGCAGAAAAAAUGGCCAUUGGUUGGUUCUUCGGCAAUGGAUAACAACUGCACUGUUCUGUUUCAGGGAUACUGGUAUAAUCUUCCCUGUGGAGUGAAUAAGCCUUUUUACUGUUACAGAAAUUUGAGUUUGGUGAAUGAGACUAAGACGUGGGAAGAGGCUCUUCAGCACUGCACCAUCAGCUACACCAGUUUGGCAUCUUUGCCCUUUGAAAAACAAGUGUUUGGGGCAGUGAAGGAGAUGGAGCUGGGCCAAACAGACAGUGUAUGGACUGGCCUGCGCUUCAUGAAUGGAAAAUGGUUCUGGCUGAACGGAGAAAAUAUAGGGACACCAGCAAACACAGGGCAGCCUAAUACAGUGCUGCUUUCCUUGCCAGAAUGUCCAGUUCAACCUUACAACUGUGGAGCGUUCAACACCAAGACCAACGUCUGGGAGAACCGAGACUGCAAUGAGAAACUCAAUUUCCUCUGUUGGAGCUGAGUCAGGAACAGUUUCAAUGUUUCAUUGAAAAUAAUAUUCUUCAGGAAGGAUAUGAGAUAAAUGGCUGGUACAAAACACUACAUCCAGUAACUUGGCUUUUUGUUUUCACUUAAACUUUAUUUGUGCUUUGAAAUAAUUACCAAAACCAAAUGGAAAGAGAAAUCUUUAUGGUGGUGGAUUUAUUUAUUUAUUUAUUUAUUUAUUUAUUUAUU